GAAGAUUGAUCGAUAGAUAGCCUAAGCUAGAGCCAUGAAGGUGCUGGUGCCCGUGAAGCGCGUGGUGGACUACGCCGUCAAGAUCCGCGUGGAGCCCAAGGGCGUGGACCUCAAGAACGUCAAGAUGAGCAUGAACCCCUUCUGCGAGAUCGCCGUGGAGGAGGCCAUCCGCCUCAAGGAGAAGAAGCUGGCCACCGAGGUCGUGGCCGUGUCCAUCGGCCCCAAGCAGAGCCAGGAGACGCUGCGCACGGCGCUGGCCAUGGGCGCGGACCGCGGCAUCCACAUCACCACGGACAUGCGCACGGACCAGGAGCUGCAGCCGCUGGCCGUGGCCAAGCUGCUCAAGGAGGUCGUGGCCAAGGAGGAGCCGCAGCUCGUCAUCUGCGGCAAGCAGAGCAUCGACGCCGACGCCGCGCAGACGGGCCCCAUGCUGGCCGGCCUGCUGGACUGGAGCCAGGGCACCUUCGCCUCGGACGUGGCCGUCGAGGGCGACGCCGUGAGCGUCACGCGCGAGACGGACGCCGGCGUCGAGACGCUCAAGCUCGGCCUGCCCGCCGUGGUGACGGCCGACCUGCGCCUGAACGAGCCGCGCUACGCCACGCUGCCCAACAUCAUGAAGGCCAAGAAGAAGAAAAUCGAGACGCUCGCGGCCGACAGCUUCGGCGUGGACCUGGCGCCGCGCAUCGACGUGGUCGAGGUCAAGGACCCCGCCGCCCGCAAGGCCGGCAUCAAGGUGGCCAGCGUCGACGAGCUCGUGGACAAGCUCAAGAACGAGGCCGGUGUGAUCUAGAGAGAGGAAGCAGUUUAGUAUGCUGCGGACUCUGACGGGGUAGCGGCCGAUACCACCCUCCUGCUUUCUUCUCGGCUGGACGCGUGGUAGCUUGAAGGGGAGCUGGGGCUGGGUGGGGAUCGAGUGCCGUGGAAGUAGCUAGAACAGCUAAACGACUGUCAGUAACCUGCUGUGAUCUUUUGUUUGUUCUGAAGUGGGGGUCAAAUCUUUGAGAGUUUUCUUGAAUAUCUGGGGCCCCGAUUCGGGGCAGCGUUUUUGCAGGUGGCGUGUUGAAGUGGUUUUGAUGCAAGAACUCGAAAUGGCGAUCGCAAUUGCUGAGCAAAGAAAUUGACAAGCAAAUUGCAGAAUUUGCUCACGGAACUCAGCGAAGAGAAAAUCGAGGCGGCCCAGACAUGCCGUGGAUGAUUCGCAAUGUGCGAGGCAGGAAACAAUCCACCUCCAUGAUCGAGGUGGAGUCCAUCGCCAGCGUGUAAGCUGAAGUGAAAGCAUAAACAGCAAUGACAAUCUCAAAACGGCGCAAUGGCAAUGCUUGACAAGCGCGCGAGCCUCCCGCUUCAACUUGAAGUAUCAAUGACAAGUAAACACGUCAAAGUCGCUCCGCCCUGCUCAGCGUCGAGCCGCUCGCUGCAUUGCACAACUUACCCGCUAACCCCCUCCAUCAAUUCCAACUUACGAAGUACCAUGGCCAUGGAGCUGAAGGAUCUGGCGCCUCUGCUGCUGCAGCGCGAGCGGGAGUCGAGUCAAGAAAUCGACGUUGAGUUGCUGACCAACACCCUGCGCGGUGGCCACGCUGCCAACGUCCGCCGCAAGAACGCCGAAGCUGCCAUCUCGCAGCACGUGGAGCUCUCCAAGCGCGAUGCCGCCUUCCAGAACCACUCGCAACGGUACAACACCGCUCUGGAGAAGACCUUCCACUACGUCAAGCUCAUCCAGAGCAGCAAGGUCGACAGCGACGACCAGCAGAUCAUGUACGACGCCAUCGGAGAGAAGCUGCCGAUCCAGGUGCACCGCUCCAUGUUCAUCCCAACGCUGGAGAACCAAGCGGACGACGAGCAGCAGGCUCAUUGGUUGCCACUCGCCAACUCGUACCGGAUCCUCGGCGCGUACGCUCAGACGGAGCUUGGUCACGGAUCGAACGUUCAGGGUCUAGAGACGACUGCAGCGUACGACAAGAAUGCGCAAGAGUUUAUCAUCAACUCGCCCACUCUAACGAGUCGCAAGUGGUGGCCCGGUGGACUCGGUAAGACGGCCACGCACGCGGUUGUGCACGCUCAGCUGCGGAUCGAUGGCGAGCACAAGGGCGUGCAAGCCUUCAUCGUGCCGCUCCGGUCGUUGAAAGACCACAAGCCUCUACGAGGCGUGGAGGUGGGGGACAUCGGCCCGAAGGUGGGCUUCAACUCACUCGACAACGGCUACGCAGUCUUCCACAACGUGCGCGUUCCUCGGCGCAACAUGCUCAUGCGCUACGCCAAGGUGCUGCCCAACGGGACGUUCAUCAAGCCACCGAGCUCCAAGCUGGUGUACUUAACCAUGACGCAGAUCCGCGCGUACUUGAUCCUGAAGCUGGGGUUAGCUCUGGGCGCUGCUACGACCAUCACGACGCGCUUCAGUGCAGUUCGUGUGCAGGGUCGUAAGGCGAACGGGAAGGAGCUCGAACUGACGAGGGAGAACCCCGUUCUGGACUACCAGAACCAGCAGCACGCGCUGUUGCCUUUGGUGGCGCUGUCGUACGCCGCUAACUUCGCUGGGCGGUCAAUGGUCGACAUGCACGACAAGGUGCUGGCCAUGGUGACAAGCGGCAAGGCCGAUUUCGCGGCCCAGUCGUCCGAACUGCACGCCAUCUCGUCCGGGUUGAAGGGGUGGCUAGCAGACCGCGUGAACGACGGCAUCGAGCACUGCCGUCGUCUCUGCGGUGGUCACGGCUUCCUGCAGUCCAGCAACCUCGCCCACAUCUUCGCUGAGACUGUCGGAUCCUGCACCUAUGAAGGAACGGCCGAUGUCUUGGUGCAGCAGCACGCGCGCUACCUGUUGAAGGAGCUUGGGAGCUGGAAACCCUCCAAUGCUGAAGGCCCCACAGCCUUUUUGAGCCGCAGCGACUUCUACUCGGACCCCAAGCUGCGCUGCAGUGCCAGUAACGCAGCAGAGUUUGGCAGCUUCAAGGUGCUUAUUGAAGCGUUUGAGGUCCGUGCUGCUCGAUCUGUGCGGAAGCUCGCUCAUGCGAUGAAGGCGUCGGGGAACAACGCCAACGCCUGCAUGAUGCUGAUGACGGCUGCAUCCACGCACCACACGGAGCUGCUGCUGCUCAAGUUGUUCAUCUCGGGCGUGAGCUUGCUGCCUGUGGGGUCGACCAAGGCUGCGGUGACUCAAUUGUGCCAGCUCUUUGGCGUUUGGCUGCUGGUCAACGGACUCGGAGACUUUCGCCACGACGACUACAUCUCCAGUUCACAGGCCGACCUGGCGCACCAGCAGCUUGCGAGCCUCUUGCCGCUUGUACGCCGCAACGUCGUGCGUCUGACGGAUGGUUGGGACUUCAGCGACUUUGAGCUCAACUCGACGCUUGGACGAUUCGACGGAGACAUCUACCGUGCGUUGGUCGAGCACGCCGAACGUGAGCCGCUGAAUGCCUCCCAGGUACCGGAAGGAUACGACAAGUACCUCCGCCCGCUCAUCAAGUCCGCGUUGUAGGCUGCAGUUCGUGUUCUGCGUCUUUUUUUAAAUAUGAGGCGGGUUUUCAACUGUGACCGGCAUGACUUCUUCUCCGGAAACGACACCCCUUGGCUAAUUAUCUUCAUCGCCCGCUCAAUGAUGCCGUUCAGCAACUCACUUAUCGUCGUGCACGGUGACUCACCGUCGGUGAGAGCAGAAAUGCCAGCCGGCGGAGGUUGGAUAAUGCACAUUGGGCGAUCGAAUCUCAAUAGUGACAAGAUCAUUUGAAAUUGCUUGAGUUCGCUUAUGGUAGUAGUAUCACUUUUCAAACAUUGGCUCUGGGUUGCGUCGAUCACACGCAACACUGAAAAGUAACGCGACUUCCAUUUGAUAGCAAAACAUGGCAAACGAUUUGUAGCCAAAGGCGAUAGCAAUGUACAAAUUCAUUCUUACAACAGGUUCACAUUGAUUCUACUGGCCUGUCCGUUCGAUCCGGAUCGCCAGUUUGAGGUUGUGGAGAACGUCAUACAACGGUUGCUUGGGACUUAUCCUCUGAAGGCAGCGCGAACACUGGCGCCACCAUGGUGCUCUCAUACCGCAACGCCAUGAAGAACAUUUCCAUGAACCAGUACUUUGCAUUAGUGGUGGACGUGCGUAUCCAUCCUCCGUGGCGGAGCAGGCAGCCGCUGUCUCGACUGGCAUCCAAAGGCGCAAACCCGAGCGACGUCGUCAUUUGCGUCCACUUGUACGAAGCGCCGAGACAUUGCUGGACGGCGUUGUGCUGAAGUGCCGAGUCAAAGAUCACGUAUUCAUCGCCAAGUCUGACGCGCCACAGCAGCUCCAAAGAGUUCGACGAGCUCUGCGUGUGCGGAUUGAACAGCACUCGGUGGAUCACUAGCGUAUCGCGGUUGAUCACUUGCAGGACUUGCAUCUGUUAGACACGAAGGAUAGUGUGUUAGUUGACUCCCAGAAGACAACGAAAUAACAGCAAGAAGGUACCAACCUUGACUGGAAACGCAGGAUUGAAGAACCGGCCGUACGUUGACGGCGUCGACAGCGUGUCCCACGUGAAGUUCAUAAGAUGCAGCGCCCGGGCGUUCGGGAACCCUUUCGACAGCACAAACUUGACCGACGAUUCCUCCACUUUGCGGAAGUCGCUCCAGCCCAUGACGGACGCCCCCGAGGUCAGGAACGUAUCAUCUCGUUUCGAUAGCUCGUACUCAUGCUGCGCAUUGUGCUGGACGCUCGCCAGCACCUGAGGCGUCAGCGGCUCGUAGAAUUCUCGCACCAGCUCCAUCUGAUUCUGUCAAAGGCAGGGUCAAAAGAAGAGAAGAUAUGAUCAGUCACCGCAUUAAUCAACCACGUUAGCAUCUCAACUGCUGCAUGUGCAGUACCUGCAUAAGAAGCUGCACUGGGUCCACGUGAGGCACUCGGGGCACGGAGGCUGCGGCAGCGUCCACGCGCUCCUGUAACUCCUGGUUCUCGGCCUUGAGGUCCCUCUCUUCCGCCGAAAUUUCGAGGUAGCGGUACUUCUGCUCCAGCGUCUGCGCCAGCUCCUUGGUGCGCUGCAUCUCCGCCUUCUUGCGCUGGAUGAAGCGCCUCUG